AUGCCUUUGAAAACUUUGGCCGUGGCUUAUGCCUAUGUAGAUCCCGAUCCUCUGCAGAAUGAAUCUAGGUCAGUGCGUCAAAUUCGCACCGUUGGACGGUCCAUAACCCUGACGGGCUAUGAAACAACCCCGAUGGUUGGCCCCAUUGUCUCGGCUAUCAAAGCCCUGUAG